AUGAAGUUCGCCCUUCUCUCAGCUGCUUUGGGACUCUUGUCUGCCACUUCCGCUUCUCCCAUCGCUGCUAAGCGAGAUGCAGUCCAGCUCGGACCCUGUGCCACCACCCUCUGUCCAGGUUUGGGAGGCCUCAGCCUGUCGAUCUCGACGCCGGCUAUUAGUGUUAAUGGUGACUUGACUUGUGUGUAUACCGACCUCCUCAAUCUCCUCAAUGGCGUCAAGUGUGUCUUUGACGUCAAUGGAGUUCUGCUUCCCGGUCUCUCAGCUUCUCAGUGUCUUAGCGCAGGCAGCAAUGGUAUCUGCCAGAGCUGUCUGACGGGAUAUCAGCUCAACGCUGGACAAUGUGUCCUGAACUCGCUUCCUCCUGUCACCCUCACCGUCGUUCCCACUCUUACCAACUAUGUCACAGUCCCUGUCACCACGAUCAUUCCCAAGAUCACCAGCACCAUCACCGGUCUCAACACUGUCACUGUCAAAGCCACUGUCACUCUUUCCAACCCUCUUCCUCCCGCUACCGUCACCAAGACGGUCACCAAGACAAUCACUUCCGCCUCUGGUACCGUCACCAAUGCCUUGACCAAGACUGUCACCACUGGAUCCCCCACCAAGACUCAAUACGAGCUCGUCUUCCCUACCAACUGCUGCCCUGACGCCUAUCUCUCCUUGAGCGCCGCCGUCACCGGAGUCAGCGCCACUGCCAACGUCAAGCGAGACCUCAGCACCGUCACCGUCACUGCCCUCAACACUGUCACCGCCGUCGUCACUGACAAGGUCGGAACCCUCACUGGUGCUGCAGCCACCGUCAAGGUCACCGUUCCUGCCGCCAAGGUCACCGUCGGCGUCACAGUCACUGGCAAGCAAAAGACCGUCACCAAGACCUCCACUGUCAUGGCCACUGUCACCGGAGGACCUAAGACUGUUACUGCUACCGUCACCAAGUCUGUCCCCAACACUGGAGUCUACACCAGCACUGUCACCCCUCCUAACGUUUGCCCCACCGCCGGCCUCGGAAUCAGCGUCGGUACUGGUCUCGGAGGUGUCGUUUCUGGCCUCACUCCUCUCCAGUCCGCCGUCCAGGCUUCCCUUGAGGCUUACGCCAAGCUCAGCGCUGGUCUUGACGUCCUCGUCCUUUGUGGCUCCAAGCUCCUCGCCUUCUAA